AUGCACCCAGACAUAGACUGUAGUGCCAUUGCACAAGAUGUAGACUCCGGGUUCCAAGCUCUGGGCAGUCAACGGCUUGAACUCAGGGAGACGAAGGAAAGCUUCGCCCACAAACUCUUCUGGAUUCUCUUCUGCAUCAGCACUUACUCCGUUCGCAUAGCAGUCGGUAUCGGCCAACGAAUGGAGCUCCACAAGUGCCGGAUACAAGUGGUAGGCCAAACGUUCGAGCGGCAUGGACAUCAUGUCAUAAACAUCGCAAAGGCGAGAGUCGAUGGAAAUGGAAGACGAGUCCCGCAUCGCCCGAGACUUGAGCAAUGCCAAAAAGUACAACGGAAGGUGUUUGAGCGAGUCGGGGAAAAUCAACUGGUUGGUACGCGUGCUGUUCAUGUUGUGGUUCUGUUCGCUCAUAGCCCGAUACAGCGUGAAGAUCUGCACGAGCUUCUCGCUCACAGACUUGCGCAACUCGACAAGCAGCUCUUUGCCCACAAACGAAAGCGUAUCGCGAAGAACGGUGGCCACCACCGCGUCCUGGUCGACAAAACUGAAGACGUCCUGGAGACGUUCGCUCACAGCCAAAACCAAGUUGACAACACGCACUUUGCGGGUGCCCUGGCGGUCUGUGUAGAGCACGGCGGCCUGGAAGUGGCAGUCGUACUUUGUGUUGAGCGAGCCGUCGUACUCGAGCAAGAUGGUGAAGGUCAGGUCUUCCGAGAGGACAGGUACAGCCGGGUCCAGCGAGAGGCCGACCAAGGACGCUUCGCCCGAAGGGAAACCGUAGUACUGGGUCACCUGCAAGCCGUUGGAGCAGCGCAACUUGAGCUGGCCCUGGUAGCCCACGCACUUCUUCACCGACGACACGAGCUGGUCCGUCAAGGCUCUGCCGUCGCGCUCAAACACAAAGGACGUCCACUUGCGCAUGAUUCCGCCCGUGACGGAGCAGAGCCAGCCAAGGUUCGACACGUCUGUGGGGGUGUCGGCCACGGCAAGAAUGUCCAAGCCGACGUUCUGCGCCACCAAGUCCUUGCCCAAAAGACGGAUGUACUCGUUGUCGGCCGCGUACAAGGCACGCUCGGCCUCUGCCAGCGGGCUGCGGCCCACGUUUCUGUUUUCCUUGAUGCGCGAGCCGCCGGGGCCCCACGAGGGAAGCGUGCCCAAAAGAGCGGUGAUUUUGCCUCCGCCGGCGCUCUGCAAGGCCAACGCCGCGGUGCGGACGGCCACGGCCAAACACGGCUCGGGCGAGCCGGGCGCAAGCUGCUCCAUGGUGUUCAAGGCGUCCUCGAUGAUGCUUCUGCUGUCGGCGGGGUUAGCGAAAAGACCGUGGUGGAACGGCACGAACGGGUCGUCCAAGUCGCCCGACAGCACAAGCUGCGCCGUGUCGAGCUCGGGCGCGAGGUUGAAGACGUGCACGCUGCUGUCGAAGAGCAUGAUGGAGUAGGACGUGGGAUCGGUGGUGUCGUUGCCGUCGUCGCUGUCGCUGUCGCCGUCGCCGUCGCCGAAAAUGGCCAAGCGGAUCGCGUCGGCCGCCACCACUGGCAACUGCCGCUGCACACUGGCCAUGCUGACGUCGACCAAAAACACAUGGUGCAUGGCUUUGCCGCCGGCCUCGUAGUACUCGGGCACAGCAAUGUCGUAGACGCCGCGGUGCAACUCGGGCCGCUGCGCCCUGUCCACACGCUGGCCCGAGGCGUCGAGCGGCGCCACGUACUCGAGCGGAACGUGGUUGUUGCCGAACUGGCACACGUUACACGUGAAGCUGCCUGCGGCGGUGUGGGCCAUGGCCGGGUUGAUGUAGGUGCGGCAGCGGUUGCAGCGCGGCGGGCCCAGGCCCUGUGUCAUGUCGACUGUGGGCACCGGGUCCUCGCCCGGCUGGAGCGGCGCAAACGGGCGCACCGUGACCGCCACAGGCAAGUGUGUGGCGCGGCGGAGCGCUUCGGUCUCGGGCAUCGUGUACAAGGUGCUGCGCAUGUGGCGCGGCGUGGCGGUGCCCUGGUCCACGGCCUGGUACUGGGUGCCUGCGGCGGGCGGCACCACGUUCUGGAACGAGAGGAACGGGCGCGUGGCGUACUCGGCGUGGUGGGCGAGCCGCGUGGCCGAGAGCGAGAGGCCGCGGGUGUCGGCGGGCGUGGCCACGUUGAGGGAAACGGAACCACCACUGGCUGCCAAACCUCCACUGGCGUAGCCGGUGGAGGUUGGCUGGAAGUUGUUGUUGGGGUUUGUGUUGGGGUUUGUGUUGGGGUAGUUUAUGUUGUUUGUGUUGGUGUAGUUUAUGUUGUUUGUGUUGGGGUAGUUUGUGUAGUUUGUAUUGUUUGGUUGGCUGAAGCUGGUUGCUUGGUUGGUUGUUUGGUUGUGUUGAAGUUGUUGAUGUUCCUGCUUUGGAACGCCGGCCUCGACACGUCGGGCAUCGACCCGUUGGGCAUGCUCAUCGACGGAAGCGCCAAGGUCGGAACAGAGCCCGUGUGGUUUCCCUGGUAG